AAUGGUUAGCUAAACUCAGCUGUUCAUGUUAAAAUCCUGUAUUCAGUGCUGAGCAAUGUUACAUGUCUAAAACUGGUUACAAAAUCUGGUUACUGUUUAUAAUGCACAAAGUAUAAUAAAGCUCAGUGUUUAUAGCUUAAUGCCCUCUAUAUCUGAUCACCAGCAGCGCUGACACACAUACAAGCAAACCAGCAAAGCCGGGAAAACAAUAGAUCCUUAAGCAAUAUCCUCCUUACCUUCCAGGCCAUGCCUCGGGAAUCAAGACUCUUACGUACUUACGCCUGCGACUGUUUGCUUACUUUGUGGGCUGGGACACUGAGGACCAGGCUGUCUUUGAAAAGAUUUCAUGAUUAAUUGCAAAUCCCACUUUUUUUAAAUUAUUUUUAACUGAAAGGAGCCAGUGAGUACGAAAAACUUUAAGCCUCUCGUGGUGCUGUUGGUUCGUAGCAGUUAGUGUCUCUGAGACGCCUGGAGUCUUUUUCGGCUGGAUAUGCAGCAACUUUAAUGUCUAAUGAACAGCAGAGCGGUUGACAAGAUGAGUUCAAUGGCAGACGAGACCAGAGGCAAAGACCACAAAAAGCCCACAGCUGAAGCCUUGAGAGGAGCCAUCCAGCUCGGCAUUGGGUACUCAGUCGGCAACAUGACCUCCAAACCAGACAGAGAUGUUCUCAUGCAGGACUUCUAUGUUGUGGAGAGUGUGUUUCUCCCGAGUGAAGGCAGCAAUUUGACCCCAGCUCACCAUUACCCUGACUUUCGCUUUAAAAAUUACGCUCCCUUGGCUUUCCGUUACUUUAGGGAGCUCUUUGGGAUUAAACCAGAUGAUUAUUUGUACUCUAUUUGUAAAGAGCCUCUGAUAGAGCUGUCAAACCCCGGAGCGAGUAGUUCAUGGUUUUACUUAACCAGUGACGACGAGUUCAUCAUAAAGACCGUGCAGCCCAAAGAAGCUGAAUUUCUGCAGAAGCUGCUUCCAGGUUACUACAUGAAUCUGAAUCAGAACCCGAGGACCCUCUUGCCAAAGUUUUACGGGCUGUACUGUAUUCAGUGUGGAGGCGUUAAUAUCCGAUUGGUGGUGAUGAACAAUGUCCUGCCUCGCUCUUUGAAAAUGCACUACAAAUAUGACUUAAAGGGCUCCACUUACAAACGCAGAGCGUCAAGGAAAGAGCGCGCCAAACCCUCCCCGACCUUUAAAGAUCUGGACUUCCAGGAGAUGCACGAAGGUCUUUACUUUGAUGCAGACACGUACAGUGCCUUGAUGAAGACUCUUCAGAGAGACUGUCGGGUGCUGGAAAGCUUUAAAAUCAUGGACUACAGUUUGCUGCUGGGCAUCCAUGUUCUGGACAGGAAGCUGAGGGGGAGAGGCGGGAUUGGGGACAGUAAGCGCCAGGGUGGGCAGAAAGUCCUGUACUCCACAGCCCGCGAGUCCAUUCAAGGAGACGGAAAAGCAGCCGAGCCUCUUCCUGAUACCGAUGACGACACAUUGGGUGGCAUUCCUGCUAAACACAAAGACGAGAAGUUGCUGAUUUUUUUGGGGAUCAUUGAUAUCCUGCAGUCCUAUAGAUUUAUAAAGAAGGUUGAGCACUCGUGGAAAGCUCUUGUGCAUGAUGGCGACACAGUGUCUGUCCAUAGACCUAAUUUCUACGCUGACAGAUUCCUGAAGUUCAUGGGCACCACCGUAUUUAAAAAGAUUCACCCUCUCCGUGGUGCGUCCUCGAGAAGGAAGAAGAACUCUAUCCAGCCGUGUCGGUCAGCCUCACAGGAAGUUCUGUCGACUGUAAAAGAAGAGAGUAAGGAUGAGAGGAGAGCACAAAGCCUCGAAAACCUUGAUGAUAAAGAAGCACACUCCUCUCAGAAACCUGAUGUUAUUCCAAGCUCCUCCAGACAGAUUUCAGCUGCCACUAUGUCUUCUGAUUCCUCUCUAGAUGAUGUGAAGACUGAACCACAGACAGAUUCAGAAUACAGAGAUGAUCGUAGGACCUCCAGCUCGACUCUUGCAUUGGAGGAUAGCACUCUUUCUGCUUCACACUCACUGGCGAGCACACCCGAGUCCGGUCUGGACGUCUACUUGUGAAGUGUGAAGCCUUCUGAAGUGGACCGGACCAUCCAAACAUGUACUAGACGUAGAAAGAAUGGAAAUGCUGUCUCACCCGCCACAAUUUUGCACAAAGGAUAUCUCUAGCUGCUAAUACACACGGACUGAGAAAGGCCUUAUGUUUGAAACAAUUGAAGAGCGAUUGCCACACUAUAGUACUGCAGUGCCUUACGCUGUCUGUGCACUUUGUACCCACUUGCAAGCACAAGAUUGUUGUAUAAUAAUAGUUACACUCCCAUUUGACCAGUGUGCUGUAAUUUCAUAAACGUGCUGGAUGGUAUGCAUGUUAAAGGUGUGAUAUCUGAUUAAACCAUGUGUCGUACAAAGAAGUAGGUUUAUUAUAUAAUUACACUGGUAUAAUUAUAUUGUGUGCACUUCUGGCUUGUAUUGUGUGAGUAAUGAUUUCAUGUAAUCAUUACAGUACAGUGACUAGUACCAAAAGUUAGUAACAUUGACAACAGUGAGCGUGAAUUAUGUUUGCUUAUGUGAUUUUGAUGCACAAUCAGCAUAAUAUAAAAACAUGGGGACGGAUGGGGUAUUAUAAUGGUAAAUGUUACAUUUGUGUAUAGAUUGACAUGGGUUUAGAUGUUAAAAACCAUAAAUCUUAAAAAAAUGUUUUAUACAAUUUAUUUAAAUUUAAAUGUAUGAUUCAAGUAAUAUAUAAAUUAAAUGUGCUUUUAUGUAGAAUGUUUUUAAGUUGUUAUUAUGUGGCAUCUUCACAAGAACUUUUCCAAUUUCUUCUGCAUCACAUACGCAUUGUGUGAAUGCUAUCAAUGUAAUUCAAUAUGCCUGUAGAGAUGCAAGACACAUUAAUGCACUAAUCAUUUUUGUUUUAAGUUAUUCUAAUACUAAUUUAUAAUUAUAUCAGAAUUAAAGAUGACAGUUGUAAUGUCUCACAUCAGUGCUCUUCAUCUGUUACUGAUGAAUAAAACCGCACUCGUUUUCACUGCUUGCAGUGAUCACAUACUGUCCACUA